AGAAGAAGAAGAAGCAGACUUCUGGGAAACUUGAAAAAAAUGGCGGAUGAAGUUGAUCAGCAACAGACAACCAACACUGUGGAGGAGCCCCUGGAUCUCAUCCGGCUGAGUCUGGACGAGCGAAUUUAUGUGAAGAUGAGAAAUGACAGAGAACUUAGAGGACGACUACACGCUUAUGACCAGCAUCUGAAUAUGAUCUUGGGAGACGUGGAGGAAACAGUUACUACUGUGGAGAUCGACGAAGAGACUUACGAAGAGAUUUAUAAGUCGACGAAGAGAAACAUCCCGAUGCUGUUUGUUCGAGGAGACGGUGUGGUUCUGGUGGCCCCGCCCCUGAGAGUGGGCUAAGCUCUUAUGCCCUUCAGGAAACUGGGCUUGAGCUUCAGCCUUUUGAAUCAAGGGGCUUUUUGAUUUUUGAUUAGACAAACUAUGAUCAGUGUUUUUUUAUUAUUGUUUUUAUUGGAUUUGUUUGACUAAACACAGAUUAAGACCUGAACAGAGUUUGUUGAGGGGAAAAAACAUUUUUUUUUUUUCAUGUUAAAUCUUCUUUCUGGAUUUGUUGUAAGACUUUUUUAGUUAUUUGAAGAUGUUGUGUCAUGUUUUGGAUUUUAUUUGUAAUAGAAAGUGUUGAAAACUGCAAUAUCCCCCAAACACAAUAAAAAAAAUAGAAAAAGUGGAACCAGA